UUCUAGAUAAGCCUGUUCUGAUUCCGCUUCCCAAGUUGGCAUUAGCAUCUCCGGAUCCGGUUCGACAACCGACACUUGACCUUCACAAAUUAGCCUCCAGACCUAUUUCUCAAAAAGGCGAGGGACAACAACAUUCAUGCGUAGUAGGACGCUUCAUGCGAACGAGCACGGUCUUUUGAUUCUUUUUUCAAGCAUGAGACGAGCAAAAAGUGCGAAAUGAGUAGCACCACUAAUCGUACACCACUUCUUUUCGUCUGAGUUGUGCUUGAAAGGAGGAAGAAGGAAAGGGUCAGUCACUCAAGGUCACUUGAGUCUGGAUGGAUUAUGAUUAGCCCCAUCAUAUUUGACCUUUGGGCUCACAGGACCUUUUCGUGUGAUGAUGCUCUUCUUUCACCCCGAUCCGAGAAUGAUCGCCCAAACCGAUGGUUUUAAACAUGUUCUCACUCAUUUCCUCUAUUUCUAGAAUCAUGAACUCCAAGCAAUUCGCCAUCUUCUUCUUCUGCUCUCUCCUCUUCGUCGGAGCUAAUGCCCUCUUCGGAGCCGUCACCACGCCCGCUUUGGCCAUCCCAUUGUUGUCCGGGGCUGUGGGCACCUUCGCCACGCCCAUUGCCGUUCUCGGUGCCCUCAAAUUGGCUGCGGCUGCUUUGAUCGCCGGUGGUUUCAUCGCCAUCAACGGAUUCGGGGACGACCAUGACGACGAGUACUACCACGAAUCUUCCGGAUACGGACAUCACCGUAGGAGAAGACAAGCCGUGCCCGCCGGUAUCAAGCCCCCAAAUCCCGAUGCCGUGUUCGCCCUCAUUAGCUCCAUGGACACCCACGGCUGCGGCAAGCGGUUGAUCUGCGAGUUGGAGGCCCGCAACUCUAACACUCUCCAGGCUGAUGAGAAGCUCAUUUUGUCGCUCUUCGGUGACAAGCAAAAGAAGGGAUUGAACAUUGCCUCCGCCAAGGCCGAGUACUACAUCGCCGCUGAGCUGGGUUUCACCACCAAGAGCCAAGAGAUGUGUGGCGCCCGAUAUGCCACUUGUCCCUACAAUGGCAGCCAGAUGAUGGCAGCUCUCCGUGACUCUGAAAUCUAAAUCAAAACAAACACCCCCCCACCCUCACCUGAUCCUCGGCCCCAAGGAUCCUUUUUUAUCCCUCCUUCUUUCCCUCGCAUCUCUAGACUCUAACCCACCCACUUACCCACCGCAUUCCCAACUCCCAACCCCCGUUCGCAGCCUCUAAAUUUCAUUGCGCAACACAAGACCCCUCCCUGGUUCGUGGACCCGUCUCUCUCUAGCGGUAUGAAGCACAAAUCUUGGGCGCAUUCAAUGUCAGUGCUGUGCCAUAAAGAACGUCUUCCUCUCUUUGCGACCAAAUUCCAAAAUUUCGCUAUCGUUUUCUCCACCAAGUUGCUGAUCCCGUCCAAAAACCAUUAGCUCUUUCUCAGCGCGAAAAAGAGUUGCUCAUUUUGCCAAGUCGCACAAAUUUGUGGAUUCCUCUACUGCCUCCGCUUCCAAAAAUUUCAUCCACCCAUUCCUCCUGGUCCUCCUGGUCCUCCCCUUCUUGGCCCUCUCUACCCACACACAUAAAAUCAAAGUGCAAUGAUCUUUCUCUGGAAGAAAGAGCUCCUUACAAGUAUAAAAGAAUGAUUGUUGUGUCCCUCUUAACACCACCACUACCACCAACCAACCAACCACUGCCACUCUCCGCACCCAUUUUUCUUGCUGCAAAAGAACCCCCGCCGAAAAUGAGUUCACCAGACGACCUGGGAUCAAAGUACCUAAUUGGCUAGACAUCUACCAAGACUGUUCACCGCAUCUUUUGAUAUUCUUGGCACCCCUCUCGAAUUGGCAUGAUUUUCCAGAUCGUCUAUCUUGUCCAAUUGUACUUUGUCAUCCCCGCCAUCGUCCAACCACGAAUGAGUGUCUUAUUUAUUAUGUGUGAUAUCAUUCAUAUCCACAGUUGUUAUCCUUGUUGUUGUUAUUAUUUACCAUGUCGCCGUCAUGUUUUGUUACCUGAAAAAUAAUAAAGCAACAGAAAACAUUACACCUCUUCUCAGUUCAACAUCAACUCCCUCCUUAAGCCUAGGGCCACAUUUCCGCGUCAGAGUCAGAGAGAGGUACGUGUACACAACAAAAUGUACUGAUUACGAGCAGUACGUACGCAUUUGAGGGCCGAGAGCAGAGUCACUCGGUGUCUUUGGUAUGUGAAAAAUCAGACGCCUUAUUAUUCCUCAUUUCUUGUUGGUAAUCAUUGAAGCAUUCCCGGAAGCGAAUAUUUCUGAAGCAUGUCGUUCCAGUUCCGCCCGCCAUUCGAGAACAGCCUCGAACGUAACAAAAGCAACACCGACAAAUCCGGGAUCUUGGAUAGGAGUUAUGGGAAAAUACGCAAUUC